AUGCAGGAGUUCCUGGCCACUUAUAAUUGGUCCAUCGAGGAGGACCCAACGAAAGACUACGACCUGCUUCUCAGAGGUCUGAGAGCCUGUGCUAAAAGCGCCUCAAUGCCUCGCACAAGGAAUUUGACGAAACGAACGAAAUUCAAAGCCCACCAAGGAUCUGUAGAGGAGAAGAGCGCUGAGGCUGUGUCGGACUGCAUCACAUCUCGAGCGACUGGUAACCAAUAUCUUUAA